AUGGGUUCUACCUCUGACGACGAUAUUCUCGAUGCCCUCAUCGUAGGCGCAGGCUUUGGAGGCGUCUACCAGCUCAAACACCUCCGCGAGAAAGGAUUCAACGUGAAGCUUGUCGACUCCGCCACGGACUUCGGCGGAGUUUGGUAUUGGAAUCGCUAUCCCGGCGCCCGAGUCGAUAGUACAGUGCCACAUUACGAAUUCUCUGAUCCCGCACUCUGGAAGGACUGGUCCUGGAAGCAACGCUUUCCUGGCAGUCAAGAGCUCCGCGAAUACUUCGCUUUCGUGGCGGAUAAAUGGGAUCUAAGAAGGGAUACCGAGUUCAACACAUUCAUCUCCCAGGCUAUCUUUUAUGAGCAGAGUAAUGUCUGGCGUAUCUCCAGCUCAAGUGGAAAGAAGUUUGUCGCGAGGUACUUCUUGCUUAAUACUGGUUUUUCUGCGAAGCGCCACAUCCCGAACUGGAAAGGGAUUGACAAGUUCCGAGGUACAUGGAUUCAUCCUUCGUACUGGCCCAAGGAAGAGCCCGAUCUCAAAGGGAAGAAGGUUGCUGUCAUUGGCACCGGGUCGACGGGAGUUCAACUCGCGCAGGAACUUAGUCAGGUCGCAGGUGAAUUCGUUCUGUUUCAACGAACGCCGAAUCUAGCCUUGCCUAUGGGGCAAGUCAAUUUCAAAGACGGAGAGCAGGGUAUUCCUAGAAAGGAUUAUCCAGAUCUGUUCAAUGGUCGCCGGGAUAGCUACGGUGGAUUCAACUUCAAUUUCACACCGCGGUCCACUUUUGGCGACUCCCCAGAAAAGCGAAAGGAGACCUACGAAGAAUUAUGGAAGCACGGGGACUUUCACUUUUGGCUUGCAUCAUACCAAGAUAUGAUGUUCACCAAAGAGGCAAACAAAGAGGCCUACGACUUUUGGAAGUCAAAGGUUAGGCCACGAAUCCAUGAUCCCCGUCUUCGGGAUCUACUUGCACCCGAGGUUCAGCCCCAUGGCUUCGGCUGCAAGCGUAUCUCUCUUGAAAAUGGAUUUUAUGAAAUCUUUAACCAACCCAACACCUCACUGGUGGAUGUUAAGUCCACACCAAUUGUCGAAGUCACCGAGCGCGGAAUCAAGACAACGGAGAAAGAGUGGGAUUUUGAUUACGUUGUUUGUGCGACUGGUUUUGAUGCCGUCACUGGCGGUCUCCUACAGAUGGACAUUAGGGGAAAGAAUGGCCAGCGUCUAGCUGACAAGUGGAAGGAUGGAACGAAGACAUACCUUGGUAUGGCUGUUUCAGGCUUCCCGAAUAUGUUCUUCACAUAUGGCCCUCAGGCACCUACCGCGCUGUGUAACGGACCGACUUGUGCGGAGUACCAGGGUGACUUUGUCAUUGGGGUUAUGGAACACAUGCGGAAAACAGGCCGACGGCGUAUUGAGGCUGGAGCUGACGUAGAGCAGCUGUGGGGUAAUGAUAUUCGCAAGUUCGCCUACUCUUCAUUGCUACCUGAGACUGAUUCGUGGUACAUGGGAACAAAUAUCCCGGGCAAGGUACGGGAGCCUCUCGUCUAUUUUGGUGGUGUUCCAAAUUACUACAAGAGUCUUGAUACAUCUUUGAAGGGCGGUUUUGCCGAGUUUAAGCAAAGCUAG